AUGGACGCACCACUACAGACUACAAGCGCCAGGAACGCCGACGGCAAGCCACACGUGCUUGUCGUGCCGUACCCAUCGCAGGGUCACCUGGUGCCGCUCCUGGACCUCGCGGCGCUGCUCGCCGCACGGGGCCUGGCGCUCACCGUCGCCGUCACGGCAGGUAACGCGCCGCUUGUCGCGGCACGCCUGCCGUUCGUCGCCACGGCCGUGCUUCCCUUCCCUGCAUCGCCCUUCCUCCCGGCUGGAUGCGCCGAGGACAGCAAGGAGCUCCCGGCCCACCUCUUCCGGCCGUUCAUGGCCUCCCUCGCCGCCCUCCUCGCGCCGCUGCUCUCGUGGUGCAAGGCUCAGCCACGCUGGGUCUCGGCCGUCAUCUCCGAUCUCUUCACGGGGUGGACGCUCCCGUUAGCCGAGGAGCUCGGCGUGCCGCACGUCACGUUCGCGCCUGCCAGUGUUCACUACCUCGCUACAUCGCUCUCCCUCUGGCGCCGCAUGCUCACGAGUCGCGAUGACGACGACACCGUCGCCUUCCCGGACGUGCCAGGCUCUCCUAGCUUCGCCUGGCGCCACCUGUCUUUGCUGUUCAGGAUGCACGUGGCCGGCGGCGACGAGGUGUCAGACACGAUACGCCAGAUCUUCCUGUGGAACCUAGAGAGCUGCUGCUUCCUGGCCAACUCGUUGGCGGCGCUCGAGUCCGCGUACAUGCGCGAUCUGCUCCCGGACCUGGCGGGGAAGCGGGUGUUCGCGGCGGGCCCGCUGUUGGAGGCCUUGCACGGCGGCGGCGGCCCCUCUCCACCGGCCAAGUUGGACGCAUGGCUUGGUGCAUUCCACGACGGCUCCGUCGUGUACGUCGCCUUCGGGACGCAGCAGGCUUUGUUGCCGGCGCAGGUGGCUUGCGUGGCUAACGCCUUGGCGCUAAGCUCGGCCGCGUUCGGCUGGGUGCUGACGAGUGGCACCGCCUUGCCGAAGGGGUUCGAGGCGGCCACGGCCUCGCGGGGCGUGGUUAUCCGCGGGUGGGUGCAGCAGGUGGAGAUCCUGCGCCACCCGGUCGUGGGGUGGUUCCUCACGCAUUGCGGCUGGAACUCGGUGCUCGAGGCGGCCGCGGCCGGCUGGCGAUGCUCACGUGGCCGAUGA